GAUGGCUCCAAAGUUCCCACUUCCUCCAGACUUUUUUCAGUGCCCAGCGCUGACUGCCGCCGAGACGGCGCGGUACCUCCAUUGGGCCGAUGAUCUAGCCAUCGAUGUCAUCGAAGGCUCGCGGCUGGUUGACGGCCCUGUCACGUGGCGGUUGCGCUCGGACGAGUCCGACCUCAAAAUCUUCAAGGGAUACAACCCGGCGUCGCCGCCUGGCGGGUACCUGUACAUGGGGGUGAUGGACGUGUUUGCCACGAUCGACGAAGUCGUCGACCUCUUUCGAUCCGACUCGCCGAUGCAUGCCAAGCAGUACACGCAGCGCUUUGGCCGGGACUUGCUGGACAUGGCCCACCUGUACGCGCUGGCCGCUCCGUCCGACGAAGACUCGAAGAUGGUGACCGUGACGUGGCGCGCGUACAAGAAGCCAGUGCCAGGGGUGACCAUGAGGCGCGACGCGUGUCUGCUCGAGUGCCAUCGGGACUUUGACGUGAACGGCCGCCGCGGUCGCGUGUGCGCCAUCAAAUCCAUUCAAGUCGCAUCCUGCCCAGACAUGGAAACCGAGUUGGGGCUCGUGCGCAUGACCAACUACGGCAGCGGUCACGUGUUUGUCGAAAGCGACCGACCGGGGUACUUGCAACUGUCGUUUCUACUGCAUGGCAACGUGGCCCGCGGCAGCCGGGUCGAGAAUUUCGUCGGGAAUGUCCUAAAGCGGAAGGAUCAACUGACGGACAAGGCUGUCACCCGUCGAUGCCGCAGCGUCACCAACAUCGACGUGUGGCUGCGAGAAAAUCGCGCCGCAAGAUCUCCGUCCAUGCCAGAGCACAUGUGGAUCCCGCCGUCGUCUCGGCAUAGUUGCUUUCAUUGCCUCAAGGGGUUUGGCGCAUUUGGCCGCAAAACCAACUGCCCCAAGUGUGGCCACGUGGUGUGUGGCAACUGCAUUUUCAAGUGGAAGGUAUCGCCGUCAGAGUCGAUCCAAGUGUGCUCCAAGUGCUCGCUGGUGGUCCCCCGAGGACCGAAAGCAUCGCCGUCCGCGCGAAGUCACCCCCAAAGCGACGUCAUGUCCACCGCCGCAUGGAGCUGUGUCAGCGGAUAUGCCAAGUCGGAAGACAUGUCUCGGUAUAGCGACACCGAAGUAGGCUACUUGGUCAGGUUUUGAACUACAGUACCGAUGAG